CGUAAUCGUUAACGAGACAGAGAGAGUGGAGACAAAACAGAGUGAGAAGCUGCCGCCACUUUCAUACAGCCUAACCAGUGAACUUCUAUUCGAGAUGGCAAACGAUACCGAAAGUGCGCAUGUUAUUAACGGCAGCGACGAGGCGCACGUUAGCUGCGCCUCCUCCAAGGAGGAGGAAGAGGUGAAGCUUCUCAGUGACGUCGUCCGUAGGCUGCCUUCUCACGCGGUGAAAGACUUGUUAUCUAUUGGGGUGUGCGUUCGAUGCAUCUUCAGAGUCUUUGGCAUCCAUCAAUGUAAUUAUUCUUUCCCCUUGAUGUCGUCACCAACUCUGUGUGCUAUUCUUGGAAAAGCAAUGGAAUCCGAAGGAGAUACAGUAGAUAAUGGUUAUAGAGCACAUGAAGACUCAAUCUGUCUAUACUCUUCUGAAGAAUUAGAAAUGGACAUUAAAUUAUGUAGAGUUUGUUUGGGUAUCUUGCAAUAUGUUUAUAUAGAUGAGAAAGAGAUGAUGAUUAAGAGGGAUAGUGGCAAUGACUUUGCCAUUAUUAUUGCCGAUGUUGUAAAGCAAGACGGCCAUGAAAUCAACAACUUCUCUCUUGAAGUCUCCUUACCAAAGGUUGUCAUGGAAAAUGAUCGAGCUAUUUGGUUGUAUAUGAAAAAGAAUUAUGACACCGAAGCUUGGUUUCAAGAGAAGUGUAAACCUGAAUGCAUUUCUGCAAAAGAUGUAUUCAAAAUGUCUAUAACAAAUCCCCUUGAAACAUUAUUGGGGGUUAAAUCUGGACUGAGCUCUUUCCGCAUUCGUUUGACAUACACCCACUACGAUGCAUCAACCCAGGUUCAAAAUAGUAUGGAGAGGAAUGGAUGCAAAAAGAAAAGGAAAACAGGGACUGAUGAUGUCUUGGAGACCAUUGAUGGUUCUGUAGUUGCUGGCAUAAAGUGCUCCAAUUUUUUUGAAAAAGAACAUGAACUCAGUAAAUGCAAGUUGCAAGACCAUGGUAUAUCUGAUUGCUUCAAUUUUCAGCUAGAGAAGGUCAACCAACCUUGCCGUUUGACAUUUCUUUGCUGUAGGGCUCCUAUCUAUAUUGGGGGCAGAUACCUGAAGUACUCGAGAAAUGUGAGUCAGACACGUUGGAUUAUAAAUGACGAAAGAAGGGGAGAAGCAUCUGUUGAGGAAAUAAUAAGUGGGAGCAUGCUUCCUAUUUUCCAGGGUGAUAGUUACAAAUUUCAUGCUGCUGGUAGAGAGGAUAUCGAUGUCAGGAUGUUGGGUUCAGGUCGGCCUUUCUUGGUUGAGAUACAAAAUGCACGCCAUGUCCCUUCUGAAGUGUUCAUAAAAGAAAUAGAAAUGCAAAUAAAUAGCCUGGAAAGUAAAUUAGUUAGGGUAAAAAGUCUCAAGAUUUUAGGUACUCAGGGCUGGACCUUGAUAUGGGAAGGAGAGGCAGAAAAGCAGAAGCAAUAUGCUGCACUGGUCUGGAUAUCUCGCUCUCUUACUGAUGAUGAUAUGCAGACUAUAUCUUCACUUAAGAACAUGCAAAUUUUGCAGAGAACUCCAAUUAGAGUUCUUCAUCGUCGAAGUCCAUUGGCGCGUGAAAAGAUUAUAUACUGGAUGAAAAUAGAGAGGAUUGCUGGAAGUUCUCAAUAUUUUCUCUUGCAUCUCUGUACCCAGGCUGGGACAUAUAUUAAAGAAUUUGUUCACGGGGAUCUUGGACGCACACAUCCUAGCAUUGGUUCAAUAAUGGGAUGCAGAGCAGAGAUACUGCAACUUGAUGUCACAGACGUUAAAAUGGACAUCUCCCUGGAUGAAUGACGAUUCUGAUCUGUGGAUACAUCGCCUUGAGUUUGAAUUUAUACAAAUCACAAAGGUGGAAAAAGUAGCCUGAAGGAUUAUAAGAUUACCAGAGGGUUACCUCUUCAGCACAUCUAGUUUUCUGUUAUGAAGCUGGUAAAGGCAGGUUUAAUGUCGAAUGAAGAAUGAAAAUUACAUGCUGGCAACUGCUUACUAUGUGGUCUAUGCACCAUUCAGUCAGAAGAGAGUAUCAUUGUAUCACAGCAUAGAAUAGAGUUACACACUGCCAAAUAAACCUGCAUUUUGUGAAACUGAACUAACCUUUUUAAGUGCAUGGAAUUUUGUACUUAGUCCAGGCUUCUUGGUCGACUCAAUUAUUCUUGUUGCCUGUUGAUUGUUAAAUUGAAAUUUAUAUGAUGGUGCUGCAGAAAUGCCGACUUUCUGAUUACAUUUAUCUUCUCUCUUUUAUGACCAGUAAAUUUGCUCCUUUUAAUGUUUUUUUG